AAAGAGAGCGCGACGGAGAAAUUUCGCGUCCACGACGGCUACAGCAAACCACAAGCGAGCAGGAGAGGGUAGUCUGAUUUGGCCCGGCGUGAAGGGUGCACUUCGUCGUGCCGACGUGCACAAGGUGGCCGUUAAAAACGUGUCGAUCGUUUGAUCAGUGAUUCGCGUCACCGACGGAAAAGCGAAAGUGGCGGGUGCAUGGUCGGCAAGGUUCCUCGUCACGACGACGGCCGAACCCUUUCGCCAGCUGGACGUCCGAGCAAAAUCCGGGCAAGUGAUAGUUCUGGUUAGAGAGGCCGGAACGUGACGGAUCGGACGCGGGAUUUGCCGCGGAACACCCCGCCCCCAUGGGCCGGGACACGCGAAACACCCCGAACGGGAAGCGACGACGAAUUUGGCCAGAAGGGAGCCAGGAAUCAGCGGAAACGAUCAAAUCGCACGAUCGGAGAAGGCGACGAAAUAAGGGACCACACCGCGCAGCAGGACAAGCCCGAGCAGAACACAUCCACAAAUCAGCCAUCAAAAGACCCUCCCUUGAAGGGACUUAUUGUGAAAAUUUCGAAUCCGCUCUUGGCUCAUCGAAGCUCGUCCUCCGCAAGGUUCUGGAGCUGGAUUCUGCACGUCAAGGCUGGUGGGGAUCGGCCAUUCAGAACAUCGGCGCGAGAGUCAUCACAAGCGCUCGGAGUUGUAUCGCGUGGCAUUCAGGGAACGAUUCGGACUGGAACCUCAAUCCGGCCCAACCUGCCAGAGCCAUCAAAGGCUGCCGGCUGCCGCGUGGCACGUACGGAGAUCGUGGGAACCUGGUCGCCGGCGGAGAAAGAAUAAGAGGACGUGGAAGCAGCCGCAGAGCGGCGCACGUGGAGGAUGCUGUAGCGGGCGAGCGUGAGUAGCGAAGGAGCGAGGGGUGAGAGGAAGAAAAGCUCAAAGAACAGCGCUUAGAAAAGCGCAAGGAAGAGCGCUAAGAAGAGCGGAAAGAAGAGCGCAGAGAAGAGCGCAACAAGAAGAAGAGGAGUUGUGGGUAGAAAUUUUGGGAUUUAAUAGAUGUUCUUGCUCAAGAUAACGCCAUUUUACUUCGCCAGAGAGAUCAGAGUUGGACCGAAAGAUUUCUUUAUUACAA